GACCACUCGAUCGAAAGAGGAAGCUAAUUCAAAAUGGCGGCACCCACAGCUACCCGGAAACCUUCAAUUUCGUCCAUAAUCAAAGGCAUUUCUGCCUUUGUUAUGUACAGAUUUCCAUUUCUUUCAGCUUUAACCCUUACGAUGCUAUGUUCUGAAAGGGAGCAAGAACACAGAUCGGAAGGAUUCCCUUUGAUCUAUGUCUACAUUCACAUCGUAGUCAUGUUCACCUGCGGGACGAUGAUGUCAUUCGGCUCUCAGAGGUCACUAUGGGCCAUCGUCACGGCCGUUUCCAUGGCGAUCUUCACAACAAUAACCCAGAGCCAGCAACCAAAGUCCAAGAUGUGGCUUGUGGCCCGGAUCGCAUCCCACGACAUCGGCGUCAUAGGUGUCUUCCUCAUCCUGGCCAGCCGCGUCGGGGAAGACCUUGGCAAGAAAUACCGGCUCCACUUUCUCUAUCCCUAUGGAAAAAACCUCAUCUCCAUAUUCUGCAUCAUCAGCGCCGUACAGCUCUACCGGACGCCGGAGGAGCGCCGCGCCUUCCUAUCGACGCUCCCCCACAGCGAGGUUGCCAUGGUCAUCCUGGGUGCCUCCAUGCUCAUGGGCGGGUUCAUGUUCUCCUCCGAUUUUCAAUUCAAGCGGAUCGUUGGAUUCUUGUCCGUUGCUCUGGUGUUUUAUAUUCUAACAAUCGAUGGGAACCUUCAUUACUGGCACAAGAAAGCGAGGUUGGAGUACUGGAUGCAAAUGAACAUGAUUCUCAAUAGUGCUACUAUUCUAUGUAGUAUGAUAUUCAUGGCUACAUGAUAUUGAUCGUCUUAUCACAUCAGGGACCUGUUUCACAAAGCUUUUUUCAAUGACAAAUGACAAAAAUCAGUGACAAAUCUGCUGAUAACCUAUCAGAAGCAAGGAUUUUGGUAGCUUAU